AUGGAAGAGCUUGAGACGGCGAAGCAGCAGAAGGCGGAGAUCGCAAAAAACUUGCAGAAGCAGCUUGACGAGUUGGCGCGGCAGAAGGCAGAGGAGAUGAAGAACAUCGAAGACUUGCAGAAAGCGAAUGAGACUCUGCAGCAGAGGAUUGCUUUCCUGACCCAGAAGGCGCAGAAGUCAGAGAUGACGCAGUGCAUACUGCAGCUGAAGGAGCAGUGCGACGCCUUUUUGGCCUUCAGCCGCUCUGACAGCGAUCCUCAAGCUGAUGAAGGUCCAGGUGCAACCCCGGCUUCGGAAGACGCAGUGGACUCAUUCACUCUUGUCGGUGAUCAGUCAGACAUGUACUCGGACACCAGCAGCCGCUCGGCCAAGUGCUUUCUGCCGAACACGGCUUUGCACGGCUUGGACGGCGAAGCUUGCGAGGCGGAGCGCGCAGACCAGCUCGGGGUGGGCAACACGGUCUUUGUGGGCGGCAAGCAGCAGAAGUUGACCAAGGAGCGCACGCACUUGUACGAGGUGAGGCUGGAGCCAGACGGCCCGCUGGAAAUGCUCCCGGAGCUGGGCCGCGGCGAAGCUGAGGCCAGGCUGCAUUGCGGCCUACCGGGCUGCUGCCUCGAGUCGGAAGGAAAACACACCAGUUGGAUGGUGCUGGACGGGAUCUCAAGCCGCAGACCCCGGCGGCUCGGCGAGGCGGUUCGGCGUUGCCAGUGGCAUCCAGUGGCAGAGAUCCCGCGAUUCGGCGUGCGUGGAGGUCUACCGCCGACCUCAGGACCUGGCAACGGCGAGCGCUUCGAGGACGCGGACCGGUGUGAACGCCCCAGCUCGGCAGGCUUCCAGCUGCAAAAAGGGCACGGGGCACGCCAGGCUGCAUUGCGGCCUACCGGGCUGCUGCCUCGAGUCGGAAGGAAAACACACCAGUUGGAUGGUGCUGGACGGCCGUGCUCCCAGUACGGGCGUGGCCUCCCAAAAGGAGUCUUAGACCUGAACGGCCCGGAGGCGGCAGUCAGAGCUCCAGCGGCUCCCGCUUCCCAGGUCGAUCUUGGAGUCUUGGAGCGGGAAAGGACGGCGACCGCCCGGCGAAUCGAAGCCGGAAGGCUCACCAGUAACGAGCUGUGCGUGGCCACCUGCCGCUGA